ACUAUUCAAUAUUUUCAAUUUCAUUUUGUAUAGCCAAUUAAGUUUGUUUGUUUACAAACAUUCAUUUUCAUCAGCUGCUAAUCAAAAUAUAAAGAAUACACUGUGAACCAUCAUAGAAUAAAUUUGUGAAAAAAACAUAUUUUCAUGUAGUUUGACCAAACACAUGAAAUAGGAAAGUUUAUUCAAGAAAUUAAUAAAUGAAUUUAUGAAAGCUACCAGAACAAUUUCAAUAGCUAAAUUCUAACUCACGCAACAGUUUACUUGUGGUCAUGACUGACUCCAAUCAUAAGUCACUGAAAAUUAGGGUAAUUGGUUUACUUGUAAUCAUGACAGUGACUUUAUAUCUUGCUGUUGAGUUAAAUCUGUUUAUCUCUGAUCAGUAUGUGUUCUACAGCGCAGUUACUGAACAAGGUCUUCCCUACUACACAAAGUCGGAAAGACAACGAUAUAAAAAUAUAUCGGAUGCAGAUAAACAUAAACUGAAGUUGGCUCAGAAAAAAGCCGCAACUCUAGAAGCGGCUUCAAACUCAGUUCGUAUAACAAUUGGAUUGAUUACCACUUUAUUAGUGGGUUAUUUGUCUGAUCGAUACGGUCGUCGGGCAGCGUUUGGGAUUUUAUUAGUCGGUGAGGUCUUGCAUGUUGGUGUAACUGGUCUUAUUGUGUUAUUGAAGCUGAAUAUGUGGCUGAUUUUACUCUCUGGACUCUUAGAAGCAAUUUUCGGUGGUGGUCUUUUAUCACUCUUUGCUCAGGUUGCCACUAUCCAAGUGGACAUUUGUCAUCUAUCCAUGAAAAAUUCAACGGAAAAACCAGAUGGAAAAAAUUCAAAGUCCUCUGAUAAACAAAUGUGGGUAUUAUUUACAAUUUUUGAUGGAAUAGCUGCAUUAUGUGUAUCAGCAGGAUCACCGAUUGGAGGAGCUUUAAUCUAUCGCUUCGGAUUUCAAGUCGCUAUGUUCACAUCAUUAGGUUUACUUGUUCCAAGUUUAAUCUUAAUAUUUUGCUUACCCGAGACGCAUAAAAACAAAAGCAAAUCAAUUGUUGUACAGGACCAACAGCCUAUUGAUGAAGUAAACAAUGAUGAUCCAAAUGAAGAUACUCGUAGUAUACCAAUGGAAUUCGAAAAGACGUUAACAAGUAGAGUUACAGAUGGGUUUCAACGUCUGAAAAAUUUAGAUCCUGUCGUGAUUAUGAUUCUGUCAAUUGUCCUACUUGGUUCAGUGUCAGCUUUGGCCGACUUACAGUAUGUUGCUGUUUAUUUAAUGGGACCUCCAUUCUUGUGGAGUCCAGAAACCGUUGGACUAUAUUCUGGCAUAACUGAUGUGACAGCAGCUUUCAUCUCAAUUGUCUGUACUAUUUUGAUCAUCAAAUUUGACGAAAGGCGAAAAGCCAAAGCUCUCACAGAACAAAAUACCACAAACCACAGUAAAGGAAAUAAUUAUACACGUCAAAUGCACUUACUUAUUACAGUUUUUGCUGUAUCAGUUAUAAUGUUAAUUGUGAAUCGUUCAGUAGUCGGAGUAGCUUAUCGAUUUCAACUGCCAACUGCGAAUAUUUUGAUAUAUAUCGCUUCCAUUCCCAGAUUGAUGAAAAGCUUUCUUAUUCCAAUAAUUCGAACAAUGCUUUCCAUUAGUAUCCAUUCAAGUAUACAAGGUAUUAUGCAGUCGAUUGCUGCAUUUGUUUCUAGAAUCGGUCUUCUCAUCAGUUUAACAGCACUUCCUGCAAUAUAUGCUGGAACCGUACUGACAUUUCCAGGAACAGUAUUCAUCAUUGUUGUCAUAAUAAUGGCAAUAACACUCAUUAUUGUCUUAUUAUUACCACUAGUGAUGAAGAAACAAAAUUCUAAACUAAAAGAUGCUGAAUUAAACAAUCUUUAUAAUGGAAAAGAAGGCGAAUCAGGAGAAGAGACAAAAUCAGAUAAUAUUGCCAAUUAUUUUGGAGAUAUGUUUUAGUAAUUCCUUAUCUUAUAUGUUAAUUAUCAAUAAAAUUUACUAAUUCAAAAAGUGUAUACUAGAAUAUUACGUCAAAUAUUAUUUCAAAGAGAAUUUCAUCAUACUGAAUCAUCUAUUGAAAGUGUAACAUAAUUGUUUCUUUGGUUUUAUCUUUCUAGAAGUGACAAUACAUCUGAUGCUGUGAAUAUGAUUGAUUACGUAAAUAUAUUUAAUAACUUGUCAAAUAGUUAUAAUUUUCGUCACUUUUCUAUGUAGACAUUAUAUUGAUUCGAUCUAUCAUAAGACACUGAAUUGUAGUAAUUUCAAUAAAAUAAUAAUUACAGGUUUACUCGAUAGUAAAUAGUUUACUUAAAUAAAACUUUCAAUGAUGUAAUUCAUCAAUAAGAUAUUCAAAGCUUCUUGUAAAUAAGCUUAUGAGAACCAUAAUUCAUACUAAAGCCAAUGUAAUGUAUUGUUCUUUUUUUCAAGUAAAAAUAGCAUUCUUACACCUUGAUUUCACUUUGACUAUUCAAAGAUUGACGUGCUAUAC